AUGCGUGGGACUUUCGUUCUUUCAUUGCUUUCCGCGGCGCUGGGCGCCAGCGCCGCUGUUUCCAAGUCUAACCUGAAAAGUCACGUCGAUGUGCUGGCACUCGACUAUGCUUUCAACCCCGUGGAGCCUGCCUACUGGACUGGAUACCCCCAUCACCGUCGGACGCCUUUUGCCGUCUCGCCUGAUGGGAAGUCCGCAUACAUCGCCUACCUGGACUCGAGUGCAACGGACGUCCACGUGCAGCAGGUUGAUCCGUCCACCUUCGCUGCCACGGGAACUACCGUGACUGUGUCCGGUGGAAAAGAAGCCGGUGGCCUUGUUGCUCACAAUGAUGGAUUUGCCCUUCUGACCAACGAGGCGAUGCCCUCUGGCACUACCAACGCCCCGUCUGGCGAGACUCCCGUGCCCGUUCUGUACAGAUACACCUCCGGCAAGCAGACCUGGAAGACCUGGCUCGGUGGACCCGGUGUCCACGCCUCUGAGGGUCUCUCUGCUUCCCCCGACAUGAACGGUGAUCUCGUCUACUCCGAGGCCGCCGAGCUGUACGGCGCGUACUUCGUUGUGACCGACUACAGCGGCGACGCAUCGGGUCACUUUGGAGACAGCGUCGAGUACGUCACGGCCGAUGGAACUCUCAAGCAGAUCGAUGGUGCCACCAGUGCCUGGGGAUGUAGCCACAACACCGGUAUUGCCUUCGAGGCCGCCGAUGCCGCUCCAUUUGCUGGAAUUUGCGCCGAGGACCAGGGCGCUAUCUGGCUCAACACCAAGACCCAGGGCAUGACCACCGACGGCGUUAAGAUUUCCAACGAGAACACCACCAACGGAGCAUCCGGAGAGCCCAUGGGCGGUAUGUCCGGCAGUUACAGUGCGUUGGCCCGGUUCGCCGAGACCACCAAGUACAUCUUCGCCUGGGUUUCCAGGGGCGCAAUGGACGUGACCGAGAACGAGUGGAUGGGAUCUGGUUACACCAACGUGCAGAACCGUACCAACGGCCGCAACGUUGCCAUUGCCCUCUUCUCGGACAAGUACACCAAGGUCGGAGCCGAGGCUACUUCCGUUGUUGGCACCGAAGAUGGUGACAGCCAGAUCAACUGGGUGACUUCUGGAUCCAACGACUGCUCCAACGCCCAUGCUGCCACUUUCGGCAGCAGCAACGCCCUCAUCACCUGGGAAGAGAUCUCCAACCCAACCUGUGAUUUCAUUGCCAUGGGAUGUCGCGGCUCAUUCGCCGGAACCUUCUUCCAGCAGGUUGACUCGACCGGCUCAAAGGUUGGCGAGGCAUUCAGCAGUGAAGAUGUUUACGUUGCCGGUGACAUGGUCACCAUGUCUGAUGGUCGUAUUUGCUGGCCUUAUGUGAGCAUGACUUGGGAUCUCUCCCAGGCCAAUGACGGCACUUCCGCCGCCGGAAAGAAGAUGAGCUUCGCGUGUAUGAGCCUGACUGGUACAACUGAAGCCUCUAACACAACUGCCAGCGCCACCACCAGCGCAGCUGCCAAGGUGGCAGUGAGCGAAACCGCUGCCGCUGUCACCAAGGCCGCCUCGGCCGAGACCGUCGUUGCCUCCAGCCAGACCACCGAAGCCGCAGUUGAGGCUACCAGUGGCAGUGUCGCCGCCAUUGGCGAUGACUCUGAGAAUGUCGCCGCGACCAGUGCCGUCGUCAAGUCUAGCGAAGCCACCGUCGAUUCUGCCGCCACUGCCAGCGCCGAGGCUAGCAGUGUCGUGGAUGCCAUUGGCAACGACUCCGAGAGCGUUGUUGCAACCACUGCUAUCCCCGCGGCUACUCUCAGCGCCGACACCAGUGCUUCAGUGAACGAGACUCCUGUCGCCACCCCUGUCGAUAUCCCCAGCACCCCCAGCGCGGCUGCUGCCGAAAGUGGAUUCCCCGGCGGUUCUUGGGGCGAGAUUCCUAGCGGUGCAUUCGAUGCUGCCCCUAGCGGAACCCCCUCGGCAACCGCUAGUGGAAACGGUCACCACGGUCACCCACACCACGCACACAAGCACCACGGGCACCAGGGCCACAAGUGGGCUGAACUGCAGGCCCAGGCUCAAUCUCAAGCUGCCGCCGAGCCUACUGUUGGCUCUUGCAAGUCCCAGUAG